ACCUCUUUCUGGACUAGAGACCAAGUCCUCUUUUUCAUUUACUCUCUCUCUCUUACGAAACCUGACAUUCUUCAAACGUUUUUCUUCUCUCUCUAGAAUUACAGUCAAAGAGGAACCUUCGCUGCUACAGUAAUGGCGGAUGGCGAAAUUGCCCUCGGUUUUUCAACAUAAAUUCCAAUCUGUGACUUCUCUUCUGUGUAGAUUCCAUCAACAGUCAAAGAUCCUCUCUCCUGUCUCUGACCGUCCUCCGAUCUUCUCCGAUCACUCUCUCUCUACUUUCUCUCUCUUAUUUCCGGUUCUUCUUGAUGCGGUUAUGGAGAGUUCUUAUGGUUUGGAUUGAGCUUUGAAGAGAAAUAUACACAGAUAUAGGUGUUUUCAUAUAUAAACGGUAUGGAUUUGGUUGAAGGAGUGGGAGAGAGUUCGUCGCCGCCUCGGAGUUUUGUAGGCUACAGUGGAUAUGAUCUGAGGAACGAUGUGUAUAAUCGGUUGCUAGAGAGUGGAAAUGAAGAGGCCGUGUGUAAUCCCGAGUUACGGGAGCAGUUGGAUGCUCACUUCAGUAGAUUACCAACUAGUUAUGGGUUGGAUAUUAAUAUGGAUAAAGUGGAAGAUGUAUUGUUACACCAAAAGCUUCUUGUUCUGGCAAAGGAUCCAGAUAAGCGCCCCGUUUUUCAUGUUCGUUUUCUGGAGAAUUUUUGGAACAGAGCAGAUGGUAAUGAUGAAGAACAAGUUACAAGUGUUCCUUCCACCUCAAGGCCAUGUUGUAAUGCCCAUACUGGAGUUAUGCCAUCAUAUGAUAGGAACAGAGACCGUGAGACUGACUUUGAACCCUGCUCUAAGCUCGAGGACCUAAAUUUGGAUGUUAGAAAGAAUUCUAUAGACACUGAAGGAAGACUUCUUACAGAUAUCUUCUCUAGAAGGCAGGAAAUUUCACAUGUUCCAAUUCAUGAAGUAAUAUUUUCUACCAUUGACAAGCCCAAGCUUCUUAGUCAGCUUUCUGCUUUGCUUUCAGACAUAGGUCUCAACAUCCGUGAAGCACACGUCUUCUCAACCACUGAUGGCUAUUCUUUGGAUGUAUUUGUGGUGGAUGGAUGGCUUGUUGAGGAUACAGAGAGUUUGCAUGAAGCUUUGGAAAAAGCAAUUGCUAGAAGCGAGGGGUCAUGGUCUGGCUCGAUGCAUUCUCAAUCAGCUGUAGAAAAAGCAUUAACAGCACAAGCAAAAUCCGGAGAUUGGGAAAUAGAUAGAAGAUUAUUAAAGAUAGGAGAAAGAAUUGCAUCUGGAUCAUGUGGAAAUUUGUAUCGUGGUGUUUACCUUGGUCAAGAUGUUGCUAUUAAGGUACUUAGAUCUGACCAUUUGAAUGACGCUUUGGAGGUCGAGUUUGCUCAAGAAGUAGCAAUCCUAAAGGAGGUUCAACAUAGAAAUGUUGUUCGUUUUAUUGGUGCCUGUUCAAAGUCUCCUCAUAUGUGCAUAGUAACAGAAUACAUGCCUGGAGGGAGCCUUUAUGAAUACUUGCACAAGAAUCACAUUAUCUUGAAUCUCCCUCAAUUGCUGAAUUUUGCAAUUGAUGUAUGCAAAGGAAUGGAGUACUUGCAUCAAAACAACAUAAUUCACAGGGAUCUUAAGACGGCAAAUUUGCUAAUGGACAAUCACAAUGUUGUCAAGGUGGCAGAUUUUGGUGUUGCUCGAUUUCAGAAUCGAGGUGGUGUUAUGACAGCAGAGACUGGAACUUACAGAUGGAUGGCUCCUGAGGUUAUAAACCACCAACCAUAUGAUCAAAAAGCAGAUGUGUUCAGUUUUGCUAUUGUUCUGUGGGAGCUCGUGACAGCCAAGGUCCCAUAUGAUACCAUGACUCCUUUACAAGCUGCCCUGGGAGUUAGACAGGGCCUGCGACCGGAUCUUCCUGAAAAUACGCACCCCAAGCUGUUGAACUUGAUGAAGAAAUGUUGGGAAGCUGUUUCUGACAACCGGCCUUCCUUCUCUGAAAUACGAAUCGAACUCGAAGAAUUUUUACAAGAAGUUCAGGAAAAAUUAGAAGCACCAAAUGGCAAGUGAACAUAUUCAGUUCAUUAUAUCCCAAACAGCACAAUUCCACAGAAUGAGUAAGGGGAAUUUUUUUUUUUUUU